AUGGCUCCUCCAAAAAAGACAGUUAAGAUGGAUUUAAAUUCCUUCUUAAACGAUUCUACAUUUGACAAUUCCUCAUGGGGUGUGGAUGACGUUGAUUUAAACAAAAUUACUAUUCCAAUUGAAAAUGUAAGUGCAAAUACUGUUCCAUUAGAAGAGAUUGCUGCUGCUAAGAAAAAAUCUAUGUUGAAUGAUUCUUCCUUCAAUGGUGGAAGAACCUCCAGAUUAGAUCCAGCUUUAGAUGGCAGCAGAAGAGAAGGUGGUUUCCGUCGUGAACGUGAAGAAUAUCCUGUCCCAGACUCUCCUCCAUUUAGGGCCAUUAUUAACAACAUUCCAUGGGACAUCUCUCCAGAAGGUGUCAAGGCUUGGGUCGAGGACGGUUUAAACAAGCCAGGUGCCGUUGAAGAUGUGGACUUGCCUGUUAGUCCAAGCGAUCCUUCCAGAUUGAAAGGUAUGGCUUUUAUCACUUUUACAGAACGUGAAGACUUAGUGACUGCUUUGACUUUCAAUGCCACCAAGUUGAAUGAACGUACUGUCUAUGUCUCUGUUGCUGCUCCAAGACGUGGUGGUGGUUUCAGAGGCGGUUCUGAUCUUGAUUGGGGUGCUGCUCGUGGUUCUAACUUCGAACCAUCUAACAGAAGAGAAGAACCAAACUUAGAUUGGGGCUCUGCUCGUGGUUCUAAUUUCAGAGAACCAAGACCAUCAAAGAGAGAAGAACCAAACUUGGACUGGGGUGCCGCUCGUGGUUCUAAUUUCAAAGAACCAAGACCACCAAAGAGAGAAGAACCUGAAUUAGAUUGGGGCGCCGCCCGUGGGUCUAAUUUCAGAGAACCAAGACCACCAAAGAGAAAAGAAGAACCUGAAUUAGACUGGAGUGCUGCUCGUGGUUCUAAUUUCGAAAAUAGACAACAAAGAUCUUCCGGAUUCAAUAGACAAAAGAAAAAGGAUGAACCUGAAUUAGAUUGGGGUUCUGCUCGUGGUGCCAAUUUCAACAGAAGACCACAACCAAUUUCUGGCAGAAAGAUUUUGGCUGAAUCUAAGGCGGUAGAGGAAAAAGUUAAAGCCCAAAAUUCUUCCUUUGAUAUUUUACGUACUGAAGACGAUGACGAUGAAGAAGAAGAAGAAGAAGAAGAAGAAAAUAACGAAGAAAAAGAAGAGGAAGAAAAGAAGGACUCAACCGAAGUUGUUAACGAUCUAGCUACCAAGACUGCUGAAUUGACUGUUGAAGAUGACACUGAUGAUAACUGGGAAGUUGUCGGCAAGAAGUGA